UCUUUUGAUGAUGCAGAUUAGUUGUGUUAAGAAAAAAUGGUGGGUGGAAGGAAGAAAGCCAAAAUAUGUGACCAAGUGUCACAUGAGGAAGAAGAUAGGAUUAGCCACUUACCCGAUCCUUUGAUAUGUGAAAUACUUUAUCAUCUUUCUACCAAGGAUGCUGUUAGAACAAGUGUUUUAUCCACCAGAUGGAGAUAUCUUUGGCAAUCAGUUCCCGGAUUGGACUUAGGCUCCACCUCAUUCUUAAAGUUUGAUGCCUUUGUGAGUUUUGUUGAAAGGUAUUUUAUUUCCCACAGGGAGUCAUGGAUUCGCAAACUCCGCUUAAGUUUUUAUAGUCAUGGUAUGUGUGAUCUUGCGUCAUGGAUUGAUGCUGUGACUAGGCGUAAGAUUCAGCAUCUUGAGGUUGAUUAUAAUGCAUAUGAUAAUCAUAAGAUACCCCUGAGUUUAUAUACAUGCGAGACACUGGUACACUUACGACUUUGCAAGGUCACCUUGCCUAAUGCUGAGUUUGUUAACCUACCUUGUCUGAAGAUCAUCCAUUUAAGGAAUAUUAAGUAUCCCAACGAGACCACCUUGCAGAAACUUAUCUCAGGCUCUCCUGUUCUGGAAGAUUUUACCAGCAUCAGAUAUUCCAAGGUUGAUGCGGGACAUGUUUUACAAUUGCGCUCUCAUACGCUAAAGAGAAUCGACAUAUAUAAUGAGUUCACCCAAGUUGUGAUUGAUGCACCUCGACUCCAGUGUUUGAGGGCGUCGGUCUCCUCACCAAAGAGCUUUCAGAUUGUCAAUUUGGGUUCCUCUGCCAAACUAGAAAUUAGUUUCCCUUCUCGUGAUGUGACAUACAGUAGCAACACAAUUCAUAACGUCCUCACUGAUAUAUCGAGGGUCAGGGAGCUAGUUAUUACUAAUGGUAUUUGGAAGUAUUCGAAACCAGGACCAGUGCUUCAGUUUCAUGAUCUAUCUCGUUUGAAUGUUAAAUUUUCUAAAUCUGAUCUUGAAAUGUUGCCAACCAUUCUUGAGAACUGCCCAAAACUAGAAUCUUUAGUAAUGGAAUUGGUUCAGGACGGAUUCAUGUUUCUUCGUCCUAAGAAGACCACAGAACCGAAGGUGAUGUUUUCAACAGUGCCUAUGUGUUUAGUAUCAUCACUCAAGGUAGUGGAAUGGAAACGUUCCAUCACAGGAUAUGAAGAAGAAACAGAGCUAGUAAGAUACUUCCUGAAGAAUUCAAAAAUCAUGGAGAAACUAAAGCUCGACGUUUACUAUACCGAGAAGGCUAAGUGUGCCUUCCUUCAAGAACUCCUUACAAUGCCAAGAUGCUCUACCGUCGUUAAAUUAGUUGAUUUUAGGAGGGAUAUAUUAAGCUUUGAGCCACAAGCAAAUAUUGAAGAUUGA